GAGGCGGAGAAAAGCGGCGCGGACGCACGGAGAGCGCGUAGGGAACGUAGGACCGUCUGCCGGGAGGAGGAGUGGGCCGGGAAACCAUGAAGACCCUCAAGUUCCUUUCCGCUGAGAGUUUUGCUCGGGGUGGGAAGCACAGCCGAGAGGACGUCGCCUGCGUGUCCCACAACCUGUACCCGGUGCUGUUCAAGGCCAGCUACCUCCACGAAGAGCCCCGGCUGCUGCGCGACCUGGUGCGGGCCUGGCCGCUGCCCGAGCUCAGCGUGCGCGGGCUGCUGGGCCGGACGCCCGACUGCCCGCAGGACCUGACCUCGCGCACCUGCCGCCGCUGCCUGGAGGCCCUGCUGACGGGCCUGAAGGACUACGUGCUGCUUGCCGCCCCCGCCUACGCGAAGAGCCUCCGUGCCGUGGACCUGACGGCCCUGCGCGACACGGAGCACCAGCUGUGCCCCUGCAAGAGGACGAUGGGCCGUUGGACGCGCACGCAGCUCGCGUGCAAGGUGUGCCUGGAGGUCAUCGUGGCCCUGCAGUCGGGGAACGCCGCGCCGGGCGCCGCGCGGCUGCAGGUGGACGUGCGGCUCAACGCCUUCGUCACGGGCCGCAACUACGAGGAGGUGAGCCACGCCCUCGCGCUGCAGGCGCACUGCCCCCUCAAGUUGCGCUGCGUGGGCCUCCGCGCCGACUCCCUCAGCCUCAAGCAGCUCUUCUACGUGGUGCGGCUGGCCGAGCCGCCCGGCGUGCGGCGCCUGGAGGUGGUGCACAACGUGCGCCUGGAGGCGCCGCACCUGGAGUUGCUGCUCACGCGGCUCCAGUUCCCGCAGCUGCGCUCGCUCGCGCUGCCGGCGCGAGCCCUGGACGUGCGGCGCUUGGGCCCCGGGGAGGAGCGCCUGCUGGAGACCAUCGGGGAACUGCUGAGCCGGUUGACGCAGCUCACGGAGCUGUACCUGGCCUUCUCCACCCUCACGGGGCAGCUGCGGCGACUCCUCAGCCCCUUGCACACCCCCCUGCAGUGCCUGGAACUGGCCAACUGCGCCCUGAACCGCAUGGACAUGAUCUACCUGGCCAACAGCCUGCACUCAGAGCACCUGGUCAGCCUGGACUUGAGUGGCCACGACCUGGUCGAGCUCUUCCCCAACACCUUCCACAAGCUGCUGCGUCGCUGCGCGGGGACGCUGACCAGUCUGACAAUGGAGGAGUGCGGCCUGGAAGACCAGCACGUGGACAUGCUGACCCAGGCGCUGGCCCCCUGCCGAGCCCUCAGGGAGCUCAAGUUCCUGGGUAAUCCACUGAGCGCUACCGCUCUGCGCCGCCUCUUCUCCAACCUGGUCGGAUUCCCGCUGCUGCGCUACGUGGAAAUGCCCGUCCCACGCGACUGCUACCCCACGGACGCCACGUACCCGCUGGACGAGGCCACCCUGGUCUGUUACGACCGCGAGAGGUUCCAGGAGGUGCGGACGGAGCUGCUGGCUAUCCUGCAUUCGGCAGACCGCGGGGACGUGGAGGUGUGCACGCCGCUCUUCGGCGCCUACGACCCAGACCUCAACGAGACCAGCAACGAGCUGGGAACAACCAUGCUGCUCUCCUUAAAGGAUGUCCUGGGCACCUUCCUCAACAGCAUCACAGCCCUGGAGUGAGUAACAAGCUCCAGCUCCUGAGCAGCACGAUUGCUGAAUGGAGGAAGCACACAAGCCACAGUGCCUUAGAGAACUGGCUCCUUUACUAUAGGGAUUAUGUACAUUUUUAUCAUUGUAAAGGAUUCAUGGUUUAAUUUUUUAGGACUUUAUGAAUUAUAUUAUGAGACAUGGGGCACACCAGCAUGGAAAUGUGAACCAUUGAUCCAUGAGCAAAAUGGGUAAUACUCAUGUAAUAAACAUAUCUAGUGAAGACAUACUACACAAGUUUCUAUCACUAGAGAAAAUCUCCCCCUUUCAAUCAUAUAU